UCGACGUCGUCCCCUGUCAGUGUCAUGUCACCAAUUCUCUCUCUACAUAACCACAGAGAGACAGAGAGAGAGUGAGUGAGAAGCUUCAAUGGCAUUGAUAGGUUUCUUGGAGAUAUUCUUGGCCGGAAUUUGCUUCGCGGUCCUUCGCCUCCUCGGCAAAAGAGGUGAUGGGCUCCCCAGGAAUUGGCCGCUCGUGGGGAUGCUACCGGAGCUCCUCCUCAACCUGAGCCGCGUCCACGACUGGGCCACAGGCAUUCUUGAGCGGAGCCGCUGCAACUUCCUCUUGCGGUUACUCUGGUUUUCCGGCAUGGACAUGCUGUUCACCGCCGAUCCCGCCAACGUCCACUACAUCAUGAGCACCAACUUUGGGAACUUCCCGAAAGGGCCCGAGUUCAAGAGGGUGUUCGACGUUUUGGGUGACGGGAUCUUCAACUCCGACUCCGAUCGGUGGAGGAUGCAGAGAAGGGUCGCUCAGGCGUUAAUGAACGACCAACGGUUCCAUCGGUUCCUGGCGACGACGACCAGUGACAAGGUGGAGAAUGGCCUGCUCAAGGUGUUCGACGAAUUGUCUCGGAGAGGUGUUACGGUGGAUUUGCAGGAUUUGUUCCAGAGGUUCACCUUUGAUUCUGCUUGCAAAUUCGUCACUGGGUUCGACCCCGGCAGCUUAUCCGUCGAAUUCCCCGAAGUCCCGUUUUCCAAGGCAUUGGAUGAUGCCGAGGAGGUGAUUUUCUAUCGCCAUUUGUACCCCGAGUGGUUCGGGACUCUGCAGAGGUUGUUGGGGAUUGGAGUGGAGGAGAAACUGAGACGAGCUUGGGAAGAUAUGGACCAAAUUGUAGGGAAUUACAUAGUGCUGAAGAGAGUUGAACUGAGAGAAGGAACCAGAGAAGCGAAGGGAGAUGAAAAUGGUGCAGAUUUAUUGACAUCUUAUAUGGUGGAAAAUGAGACAUUGGGUGCUUUAGAGUGCAAUGACAAGUUCCUUAGGGACACGAUUUUGAAUUUCAUGGUCGCCGGAAAAGAUACCACUAGUUCAGCUCUCACGUGGUUUUUUUGGGCUCUUUCCAUGAACCCGUCUGUUGAAAUGAGAAUCGUAGAGGAGAUCAGAUCUGUAAUCCCGAAGGAAGAAGAAAAUCUUAGUGUGUUCAAGAUUGGUGAGCAUAUGGACAAGAUGGUUUAUUUACAUGGUGCGCUGUGCGAAUCUUUGAGGCUGUACCCACCGGUUCCAUUCCAACACAAGUGCCCUGUAAAGGCUGACGUACUUCCCAGUGGACACACAGUCGAUCCCGGCACGAAAAUACUCUUCCAUCUGUAUUCAAUGGGGAGGAUGAAGUCAGUAUGGGGAGAGGAUUGCUUGGAAUUUAGACCGGAGAGGUGGAUUUCGGAGAGAGGAGGAAUUAGGCACGAGCCGUCGUACAAGUUCUUGGCAUUUAAUGCCGGACCGAGAACUUGUCUGGGAAAAGAAAUGGCUUUCACGCAGAUGAAAACGGUCACAGCCGCUGUAAUAAUUAACUACGAAGUUCAUGUUGUGGAAGGUCACCCUGUGAGACCUUCUAAUUCCAUCAUACUUCACAUGAAACAUGGAUUGAGGGCGAAGCUCACUAGGCGAAGGCUUUAAGGGGACAAAUGACAGGGAAGAUUACCGAGAAACUGUAAAUCUAUGUGUACCGAACAUAUGCGUGUAUAUUUCUGCUUGUUUUUACAAUUUCUAUGGCAUACUGUUAUUUA